AGAUUGCGCGCGUGCGCUCUGACCAUGUGAUGCGCGUGUCCUUUCCUCUGGUUACGAGAAGGGGACGCACCAGGCGAUCGCAAACCUCCGGGCUGAUGGCGAAAAAAGCGGGCAAAAAUGAGGGGCAGAGUCCAUCAGUCAACACCGCAAUUUUCCAACCAGCAAUUUCUGUCGGAUUAGACCCGCGGGAGACCUCUGCUUCUAAUGCGAACCUGCUGUAUUAACUUCCAUUAACUUUUCCUCCACCGUUCCUCCCCGCAGCCCCGCACACAUCUCUGCGUUUGUCCACAUACAACCGCGGAGGACGAGGAGCUUAGACAGUUUGGUUUCUUAAGGUACCACUUUUCCUACUUUUUAGCUGUUUCUUUAAACUUAAAGAAAGUCAAAGCAGUAAAGAAACUGAAGAAGAUGCCAGCAAGACUCUUGAUCGGUGUGGAGGUCGACGUUUGCUGUUUCUGGGCUCAGCUGCCAAACAGCAGUAGCUGUCAGGCUGAGGGUUAACUUAGAAGCAGCUUCAUCAAAUGACUCUGCCCUGACUCAUCUCCGAGUCAGGGACUGCUUGGCACGGCAUGGGCAACUCCUCCAGGAAGGACGAGGGCGAAGAGGAGGAAGGCGAGGCUGUUGAUGGCGAGGAAGAAGACAGCAAGAAAAAAGAAGAGGAGGAGGAGGAAGAUGUCGAGCUCCCACUUGGGGUGGAGGAGUUGCUGGAGAGCGGGGAUCCUGUACUUGACUUGAGCUACCGUAAAUUUAAGCGUUUACCUUUGCGUGUUUAUGACCUGCUGUACUUGGAGAAACUUUACGUUUGUGGGAAUAGUCUACGUACUUUGCCGGAGAGAAUCACCCAGCUGCAGGAUCUGCGACUACUUGCUCUGGACUUUAACAAGAUUGAAGACGUCCCUUUGCCGGUGUGCCAGCUCACCAGCCUCACCCGUCUCUACCUGGGCAGCAAUCGAUUAAUGAGCCUUCCCCCUGAGCUGAAGAACCUGCAGAACCUCAGAUGCCUGUGGAUAGAGAGCAACUACUUCCAGAGGUUUCCAAAGGAGCUCUACGACCUGCCACAUCUCAAGUCUCUGCAGAUGGGAGACAAUCGACUGAAAGCACUGCCCUCUGACCUGGUCCGCAUGGAGGCUCUGACAGGAUUGUGGCUGUAUGGAAAUCGCUUUGAAACCUUCCCCACAGUCCUGCUGCGCAUGGAGGGCUUGGAGAUCCUGGACAUGGACCGUAACAAACUCACAGAGUUGCCCAGCCUGAAGCGCCUUAAGGCCCUGCACCUGUUCUCCUACGACCACAACCCGAUCACCGAACCUCCGAAAGUAGGAGAGGAGGUGAUUGUGGUUGGUGAAGGAGCAGCAGAGUUCAUGGAGGCCCGUGAGGCCAGGAAGGAGAGACGGCGAAAGGCAGCAGAGGAAGAGGCAGAGGCCGAAGCUCAGGCUGAAGCUGAGGCCGAGGAGGAGCCAGUCAUUCAUGGCAUCCUGAAGAACAGCAAUUCCAAACCGGCAUCGAACGGAGCUGUGGUGACCAUUGAGGACACAGAUGUGAAGGAGGAGGAAGAGCAGGGAGUCUGCUCAAAGCAGCCGUCCACAGACUUCGAUGGAACUAAUCUGGAAUAUGAUGAAGAGAUGGUUGAAUAUGAGACGGAGGAGCUGAUUUGUGAAGGAGAAGGGCUGGAGUACGAGGGAGAGGGGCUGGAGUACGAGAGGGCAGAGUUAGACUAUGAGUACGAGGAGGAGGAGGAGCAGCAGGAUCGAGGAAGGCAGGACGAGGGGGCAUGAGAACUCAAUGAAACAGCUGUACAAUCUGCAGGCAGAUGGACAGGGAUGCUGGGAAAUCGGUGUUGAACUCUCUAACUUUUGCUGCUAAUUUAGUUCAUAGUAAAAGGAUGUGUGCUUGUGGGAACCUGUGACAUCUCACUCAGCAUCCAGAUCAGGUAGUGCGAGUGUGCAGUGGGAAUGAUUGUUUUACCUUAGAGUGGUUAUUUUCCGUUAUUAAAUUUCUGGCUGAAUGAAUCCGUCUCAUUAUUUUGUCAGAAAACAUUAAGUAAGCAAGCGGAUGCUGUUUACUUAACUGUCACACAAGUAUUUCAACUUUAUAAGGGUUCUGGUGUGUGCACCAGAUAACACGUUGCCAUUUUUUUAUUAGAGAAAAACAGUAGGUGGGUGUAAAUUAGUGUACGUGACGUCAAAUGAUGAAAUAUUUAAGGGAAAGUUAAACAGAAACCCCUACAGCCUCCGGCAGUGUUUGUGCAGACGGGUUUGUGGGUAUCAGUGCCAAGUUGGAGCGUGAGACAUCAUCAGAGGACAAAUAGCAGGGGUGCCUCACCAUAAAAGGUAAGUCGUAUGGGAGGAUUCAAACAGGAAAUGGAUGGAGAAAAAAAAAAAAAAACUUGCAGGAAUAUUUUCACUGCCCGCCUGCCGCAGGUCAGAAAUUCAGUCUUCACGACCACUUUUCUUCUUGUCAGUGACAACAUGAAACAGGCCUGCACCAUGUUCUCAUCUCUGCUCUCUUAAUUCAUGAGGGGCUGCUGUGUAACCCAAUACUCUCCGUCUCCUAUCUUAUCCCCACAUCUCAUUGAAAGAGUGAAAUAUUUAUAUCAGUGCUAGAAUAUUAAUGCUUGUACUUUGGUGACGGUCUUCAGCCGGGACACUCAAAUACCACAUGAAAGAAGUCUACCGUAAGUUAUAAAACAGAAAAAAAAACACUUUCCAUGGAUCUUUCAUAUUUUUAAGUCAAUGCAUAAAGCAAAGAGAGUACAUUUCAUUAAUAUAUAAAAUAUAUGAAUACAUGUAAAUAUAUAUUGUUACUUUUACUAUCACAGUA